ACGACGCGAUCAAGAGUCGUGGAAUGACUUACCGCCCCGCUUCGUCGAGAUUUUACGUGCUUUUACGUGAAUUUCUCUCGUGAAAUUAGCGAAAAUCUCUGAUAGAAAAAGGUAAGAGGUGCCCGCGAGUGUUUUCGCUCAAUUUUUUCACCCAUUGUACGAUAUUUUUCGGUAUAUACGGUACAGGCGAGUGACACACGGCGAUAUAGGCGUGUGUAGGACGUGGGAGCCGAACACACUGACAAUAAACAGGCAUUCAGGAGUUGCACUAGCCUCGUUCGGCGUUCAUUCAAGAAUGUUUUAAUUGAGCUAAUAAAAUAUGUUGAAGUUUAUCAGAGGGAAGGGUCAGCAACCCACAGCUGAGCGUCAGAAGUUGCAAAAGGACCUUUUCGCUUUCCGGAAGACAAUACAGCAUGGAUUUCCUAAUAAGCCCACUGCAUUCGCAUGGGAUUACAGUUUACGACUAAUGAUCAUCGGCACAGCUUCUGGAGCCAUCAAAGUUUUUGGAAGACCCGGUGUGGAAUUUUACGGACAACACACAACGGAAAGUGGUGAAAAUGCAGUCACCAAAAUCAUUGCUAUACCAAACGAGGGACGUGUUGUAUCGCUUUGCGACGACAACUCUCUACACCUGUGGGAGAUCAAUGAGAGUUCUUUGGUUGAAACAAAAUCACUUUCCCUUGAAGGAAAGUUGAAAAAAAUCUCUGCAAUGUGUUUGGAAUCCAACGGGGAUCAUCUAUUACUAGGGACAGAAGGAGGAAAUAUUUAUCUAUUGAAUCUAAAGUCAUUUACAGUUUCUGAUAAUAUCAUUUAUCAGGAUGUUGUGAUGCAAAAUGUCCCGGAGGAUUACAAAAUAAAUCCUGGAGCAGUGGAGGCCAUAGCCGAGCAACCUGGACAUCCAGAUAAUAUUUUAAUUGGAUACAAUCGUGGGCUCAUGGUUUUGUGGAACAAAGCUACACCCGGAGCCCAACAGCUGAUGGGUUUAUUUUCGCGUGCGCAGACAUUCGUCUCCACCCAACAGCUGGAAUCUAUCUACUGGGUUUCCGAGACUCGUUUUGUAUCUUCACACAAUGAUGGUUCGUACGCAUUUUGGGGAGCUGGGAACGACACUGUGCCCGAAUCCACAACCCUCUAUGGACCAUUUCCGUGUAAGGCUGUCUCCAAAAUUCUGGCUCAUCCGAUAAGCGACGACGAAGAAAUUAUUUUAUUCUCUGGCGGAAUGCCCAGAGCAAGCUACGGGGAUCGGCACACUAUCACGGCUAUGACCAAAGAAAAACACGUCGUUUUUGAUUUCACCUCAAAAGUUAUCGACUUUUUCACUGUCAUGCCGAAGGAGGAAGAAGAUGGUAAAAGUGCUCUUCAAACGCCGGAGGCUUUGAUUGUUUUAGCCGAAGAAGAACUUGUUGCUAUAGAUCUGACAAAUCCGGACUGGAAAAUGAUGGCAUUACCAUAUUUGGUAUCUUUACAUGCGAGCGCGGUGACAUGUUCUCAACAUAUUCCAAACGUCCCCCAAAAUUUGUGGGAGUCAAUCACUGCAGCUGGUAAAGCGCAAACUGAGCAUUUAUAUUCUGAUAAAUCAUGGCCCAUCGACGGUGGUCUUAUAUUGACUGCAAACACAGCGAAUAAAAACACACCAGUUAACAACGAGCUUCUGUUGACUGGACAUGAAGAUGGGACAGUAAGAUUUUGGAAUGCAUCAGACGUCGCUCUUACCCCGCUAUACAAAUACAAUUCGUCUGUUUUAUUCACUGGAGAGCAUCUUGAUGUGCUGGAACAGCCACCAGAGGAUGAGGAAGAUGAAUGGCCGCCAUUUAGAAAAGUUGGAACAUUCGAUCCAUACUCGGAUGAUCCUCGUUUAGCAGUGAAAAAAGUAUUGCUCUGUCCACUCUCUUCAACGCUAGUCGUUGCUGGUACUGCGGGGCAUGUUAUUACUGCCGUCAUAUCGUCAGAACCUAUCAACAAGGAAAUUAAAGCCGUCACAAUGAAUAUAGUCAAUGAUAGAGACGGCUUUGUUUGGAAGGGACACGAUCAGCUUCCUGCCAGAUCGACCAGCAUAUCAUUUGGCGUUGGCUUUCAACCGCAAAGUUUACUACAGCUUCAUCCACCCGCAGCCAUUACUGCAUUAGCUUUACACAGUGAAUGGGGACUCCUGGCUGCUGGAACUGCGCAUGGCUUAGCUGUGUUUGAUUAUACAAGAGCGAAAACGGUCAGCGUCAAGUGCACCUUGAAUCCAAAUGAUUUGUCUGGAGCUGGAGAUACACCAAUUUCACGGCGGAAAUCGUUCAAAAAAUCACUUAGAGAGUCAUUUAGAAGACUGAGGAAAGGAAGAUCACAACGGCGCACUAAUGCCAGUAGCCCAACGAGAAACACUGUGCCGGAGAAAAAAAAAGACCCGCCAAGUCAGGCAUCCACUCCAGCUGGAGACCUUUCUCCCAUCGAAGCUAAACCCGUUGAAAGACAAGUGGAAGCAAGGCCUACAGACGACUCCCUAGGCUCGAUGGUGCGGUGCUUGUAUUUUGCACGCAGCUACAUAAUCAGUAUGCAAAAUACGACUCCGACUCUUUGGGCCGGUACAAAUAAUGGAACAGUGUACGUUUUUACACUAGCCAUUCCUGCGGGCGCAAGGCGAACCGAAGAGGAUAUCAAUUGUACACUUGGCAAAGAAAUACAGCUGAAACAUCGAGCACCUGUCAUUGCAAUAACUAUUCUUGAUGGCUCUAGCAUACCAUUACCCGAACCUUUGGAAGCAGAAAAAGGAGUGGCUCCUGGUCCUGAUAUGUCGUCCCCACACAGAGUAGUGAUUGCAAGCGAAGAACAAUUCAAAAUCUUCAAUUUACCGUCCCUGAAACCGUUCUGCAAGUACAAAUUAACUGCACAUGAAGGAUCUCGGGUUCGGAAAACGGGAUUCGCCAAGUUUACGUGCUCGUUAGAACCUGCAGGCGUUCAUGAGGAAACUUGUUUGCUUUGUCUCACAAAUCUAGGAGACUGCCUUUUACUAAGUAUCCCAGAACUCCGAAGACAGUUGAAUGCAGCCGCGAUCAAGAGAGAAGACAUCAAUGGUAUUUCUUCACUGACAUUUACGAAGGCUGGACAGGCACUGUAUCUUCACUCCAGCUCGGAACUGCAGCGAAUUUCGCUGUCUGCAACUCGAGUCACAAAAGCUCAGUGCGUUUUGAAUCUACCCCCAAAUGCCAGAGCUACUGAUGAACCGACAGGCGAAGUUCGGGAAGAAGGAAGGAUAGAGGGAACUGCGGAGAACGAAGGAGAAUUGCAAGGUAGUCAACCUGUGCCAGCACCUCGAACCAUGUCAGAAAAUGGUACUUUGGUAUCCACUGGAACAGAGUCUCCAAAAGAACCAUCUCUUCGACCAGCUGCCAGCACUACUGAGGUCAAUGGAGAUGACGAUCGCAACGAUUUAAGUUCAAUUGGAGACAUAACAAUUGACAGUGUCAAGGACCAUUUGCUUAACAGUUCCCUUUUCAGAAAUGCAACAUCUUCAGAAGAGCUGCAUAGCAGAUUAGCUGGCUUAAAAAUGGAAGUUACUUCUCGCACUUCGGAAAUAUCGACUCAGAAUCAGUCGUUAGUGGUUAAAACUACUACAGUCAUUACUCAAGCUCCUAGCAAUGGAACUAGUAAUGGCGAUAUCGAAGCAAGUCCAACAAAUGAUUUGCAACAGCUUAACAGCACCACCGUAGAGAGAGAAAUUGCAAGCGGAACUGAGACUACUACAACACAUGCAACGAUUACACUUCCCCCAAAUGUCGAGAUUAGCGCAGCAGACUUGGCUAAUCUUGAAGUAACCACGACAACAGUAACAACUGAAAAUUCUAAGGCACCACUAGCAAGACCCGAAGAAGUAGGAUCUUAGAGCUCAUGACUGUUGUCCUAUAGUUGAUGAAAGAUUGGAACAUACAGACAAGCGAUUAAUAGUUUGAUAUGCUAAUCGAUGAAUCAUAAUCUUGUACACAGCAGCUAGCUUAAAUUCAUACAUAUACAUAUACAAUUAUCGGAGAUUUUUUAACCUUUAGAGAGUCGGCCUGGCUCCUUUCGGAGCCAGCAGGUACCUCGAAAAUACCGGACGUGUUGACUAUUUAUGCAUAUAAAGCUUACCUCAAAAAAACAUCUGAAGUGAAGGGAAAAAUGUUGGCCCUCUAAAGGCUAAAAAUAUAGGCUAUAUUCAACAUUGACGUUAUUUU